AUGGCAGCUGCAUCCGGAAGCGAUAUCCAUGCGGCCUCCCCCCGAGACACCUUCACUGGUGUAGCGGCCCGGAGUGUCCCUGUGACUCGAGGCCACCCUCUCCCCCUUCCCACGCCUCCCAACUCGAUCUCGCCAGCGCUGCCGCCGCACGGGCUUACCGCCCAGCUGCACAAGGCUGGCAAGCUGGAUCCCAUCGACUCGGACCUAGACCUGCAGGACGUCGACGCAGACCACGGCUUUGCCGGCAGCCGACGCAGACCUGGCACGCUCGGCGGCCCGACAGACGGCGGAUACGAUGCUCGCCAUUCCGGUGUGGCUGCUCUCGUUGCGGCUGCGGCCUCUGCGGCCGUCUUGACCCGUGACAGGUCGCCGCCAUAUGAGUCGGCCGAUGCGAUAACGCCGGCAAUGCUCGCCAAGUAUCACCUGCCCGAGAUUCUGCUGAACCAUGGCCCGCUGGCCAUCCGCUACAUCAUCGGCCACUUGACAGCAUCUGUUCCCGGCUUUUCCUUCAUACCGCCAGCAAAGUCCCGGAGACUGGUAGUCGCCGCAUUGGAGGGUCGAGGCAGCGGAGGCGAAGGUGGCGUCGGUGGACUGGAGGGUGAUGUGGAGUUUGAGAAGGUGAGCUGGGGCGUCUGGGGCGCUCGGCGAAUUGGAGGGAGUCGGCCACUGCAAGCACGGCCUACACCACCGCACCAGCCGCUAUUCGGCAUCCCUAUCGCAAGCAGUAGCGGGACUGUCGGUGGCGCUGCUGGCAUUGGAAGAGAUGCGGCAGACAAGAGCGGCCCUCCGGCCGUCAAUGGUGCUGCCAGCCGGCUGCGGCAGCACAGCAAAGGCGCGAGAGCUUUCCGUCUCAGCGAGGAGCGGGACGAUGUUCCCGUGACCAUGAUGGACGAGGAAGUCGACAACAUGUCGAUGGACGACGAGUACGACGACGGCCCUGCGUCGGCCUCUUGCUCCGAGGCGCCGGAUGAGGACGUUGCCAUGAAUGAUGACACCGACAACCUCACAGAUGACGAGGACUGGGGCGCCGUUGGCGCUGCCGCCUUGCGUGCCGCAUCCUAUUCCAACUCUGCCACCGCAGGCCGAUUCGGCAGCCGCUUUGUUUCUUCGCAACCGUUCUCUUCUUUUACUAGCUUCGCCGCGAAUAACGACGGCAAGCAGCAGCAGCAGCAGCAGCAGCGGUUCUCUUUCAACGCAAACGCAGAGGCGGCUGCUCGCAGUGCGUCAGACGAACAGGAACGCGAUGCGGUCGAGGCCCUUCUUCGCCUCGGCUCUGUAUAA